AUGACUGCCGAAACAUUGACUACAACAAAAACCCCAGAUUAUGAUCCAAAACGGAACUCGAAUUGCAUAAACUUUUUACUUCGUGGAAUCGAUGGAAGAUUUAAAAAAGAGAAAUCGCUAUGUUCUCUAGCUGAGAGUUCUUUAUAUUCUACUCAAAUCACUCUUGGUGAAUUCCCAUUGUCCACUGAUAGAGGGAGAAGAAUUGCGGGCAUUGUUACAAUACUUCUUGGAUUGAUUGUUGUGGCUUUUGUGAUAUUGGCAAUAUUCACAUCAAUCCCUUUAUGGGUGACGAUUCCAUUGGCUUUCGUUUCGUUUCUUUUCUCUGCUUUUGCUGGGCUCAUCUACUUUCAAGCACCCGAAAUGCAGCACCGCUACGUUCAAAUUGAUUUAAAUUGUAAAAAUUGUGAAGAUGGACACAAAGUUCUUUACGAUGCUAUCACAAAACAAAAACGACGUCGAUACGGAGUCUACACAAAUCCCCUUUGUAAAACUCUUCAAACAACCACAGACAAACGAUCCUAUGAAUUUAUUGAUAAGGCAUUCGAGGACAUGCGAAGCGAAUUGGAUAUGAACCCGUUGGGCUAUAAUUGCAAACACUGGGCUGAUGAAUUGUAUAUGAAAAUUGCG